AUGUCUCAAACCCAGGACCAUCGUUUUUCGCUCAAUUCGAAUACGGCUGGGGCGCCUCUACCACUUAUUCCUCGUCGGACAUCAUCGAGUCGACCCACGCUCACACCAUCACCGUCGUUGCCUCUUCCCACUCGCAGUUCCCUGACAUCUUCUGCAUCAUACCCGUCGAGCUCAAUAACGUUCUCGCCAGGCGGCGGCGGAGCGCGAUACCCAGCGCGCAACGACUCUGAUUCAAGUUCUUCAAGCUCGAGUCCCUCAGAUGGAACACGGCCUACAAUUCGCACACGACGAGUUCGCGGCGUGCGGAAUCCAGCCGUCUGCGCAGCGGAAUUGUCCACGCCCGUUCCCAAGCAGUCCCCGGUGACGACGCCCGCUCACCCACAGAAAGGCGUCGCGUUCCCGUCCGCCGACAGCGCGAGCAACAAGCCUCCGCACGCGGGCCCCUCGCGCCCUCUGCUGUACACUCCUGGGAUGUCUCUGCGCUUGUGUGCGGAGAGUCUCAAAGCGCCACGGAACGUCUCAGAAUCGCAUGUCUCACACCCGGGGGAGACCUCUGCCCAGGGUGCCCAGUCCGCGUCCGCCUUGUGCGAGUCGUUCGGGGAGGCCAGGCUUAUUCGCAAAAAGUCUGGUCAGCUGGUGAAGUCGUCGCUCAAGUCGUCGCGGUCGGCGUCGCGGAACAACCUGUCUGUGUUCACGUUCCCGCAAUCGAGCAAGAGCGAGCCGACGACGCCGACGAGCAAGGCGGUCCACUUUGACUCGAAGCUGGAGCACGUCAAGCUGUUUUUGGCGGAGCAGAAGCCGCUUGCUGUGUCGCGCGACGGGAGCCCGACAGACGACACGAGCGGGACGGACAGCGACUUUCCGAGAUUCAUAUAUGGGGACGAGGAGGACAGGCGCCCGCGGAAGAAGCUUGUGAUGCAGGUGGCGAACAUGCCGGCGAGGAUAAAUCCAUAUUCGGAUGUGGCGCUUGAGGAGCUGACGCUUUCGGGCGAUGGCUCGAGCAUUUAUGGAAAGGUCCGCGUCCGCAACCUCGCCUUCUCAAAAUGGGUCGCUGUCCGCUUCACCUUUGACGCCUGGCAGACCACCAGCGAGGUAACUGGCAAGUACUGCGACUCGGUCGAUUCCGAUUUUGACCGUUUCUCCUUCACCAUCCGCUUGAAUGAUCUUCUGGCCCGCAUUGAAGGCAAGACCCUCGUGUUGGCCGUCAAGUACUCGAUCGAGGGCAAGGAGAUGUGGGACAACAAUAACGGCCAGAACUACAUGGCCACUUUCACAAAGACAAAGGCGACGCCCCCGCCGUCCGAGGAGCCCCGAGCGACACCCCCGCCGAGAAAGACGACGCUCUCCGACGACGAGGCGUCCACCGACAUGGCUGACCUGCGGAGCAAGCUCGAGAAGGUCGUCCAGAGCAACGACCGUCGGCCGCAGGUCCCCGCGUCUGCAGACGCGACGCUGUCCUCGUUCCGCGGGAGCUCGUCGUUCGCGUCUCGCUACGACAUCUCCGCUUCACUCAAAAGCUCCUGGAACCCCGAGCACCAGGCGCAGCCGCUCCAUAGCAGGACCCAGUCUUUCCCUAUUUCGGCCGCGUCGAGGAGCAGCAGCAGCUCGAUACCCUGGCCCCAGAAGAGCCCUUCGGAUCCGUACGCGUUCAGACACGCCGCGCCGCACCAUCCAGCUGCAUACUCUACCCCGGCCCCAAUCAAAAGCAAACCCGCCGCCAACCUCGGUUCGCCGCGGGAUAUCGGCGAGGACGCGUUCUGCACUGUGCCCCCGCGCCAGAACUUCGAGUACGAAGACGCGCCGUUCCCCGUGCAGCAGCCGCGCCCGGUGCGGAACCACCAGCGCGGGUACUUUGAUAUAUCCAUUUCCCCAUCGCCUUCGUUUGUGAAGCGCACGCCCCCCGGCACACCUCGCGAGCACGACGAGCUCUUUGUAUCCUCGCCGCAGCGAUACAACUCUUUCCCGCCGCUGGAGCCUUCCAGGAAUGUGCUGCCGCCCAGUAUGUCGGCGCUCUCCUCCGCGGGAUUUAGGGGUGUGUAUCGGGAGGAUGUGGUGGAUAGCGAGCUGUCGACGCCGUCGAUGGCUACGCCGUCGUCGUCGCGCGAAUCGACGCCUUCGCCUACGGAGAUGUUCGGUAAUGAGUCCGAGACUGGGUUGAGUCCUGAUACCCACUAUCGCCAGUUCUUGAACAAAUUCUGCUUCUUCACAGGACCGGACGUUGCGGUAAACCCACAACGCCAACAACAACACCAACGACAACAACAUCAACAACUCCAGCGGGUGGAAGAUGCCGAACUGAUCCCACGCACACAUUCAGCAUCGGACAUUGAAGAGUUCCUGUCAUCGCUGCACACGCUGGCGGACGACGAGCCGGUAUCGAUAUCGCCGAUCCGGUCGUCCAGUCUGGAUGACCUUUAUUUGAAUUCGAACCGGAGUGGCUCGAUUACGCCGACGGUGUCGAGGUUGGCGAUGGCGAAUUCGAAUUCGAAUUCGAAUUCGGUGGCGCAGAUGACGACGCCUGUGCUUUUGUGA